CACAUGAGAGCAACUCAUUUAGUUGUCAUGUAUUGCAUAUAGGUUUCCUGUGUACAUAAAUUCAAAUAACUGACUUAAGCUUUUCUAGAGACAUUUGAGAGGAAAGGAAAUAGAGGCAUUAUGGGAGCAUCUUCUUCUGGCUUGUUGGAUGAGGCCAAAAUCAGCCACAUUAAAGGACUUGCGGACAGUACGUUCCAGAGCUUCAGUGUGUUUUACCGUCAGCAGUACUCUUCAGCCUACUGCGGACACUUACACCAGGAGGUGGAGCCUAAGAAAGAGGGGAGGGGCCUGUUGCUCACACACAGGCCUCAGUAUGCUGCGGAGGAGGUGCUGUACCAAGGCACUGUUAAGUUCUCCUGCUGGGAUGAGCAGGGCAAGAAAUGCAGAGAGAGGUACACUGUACUGAGAAGAGACUACAAAGUGGAGAUACAUGAAAACCUGGAGACUUUUAAUCGUGGAUGUGCCCCUAAGUUGGUCCUCCAGCCAGCGGGGGGCAGUGUGCUGACCACAGAGAAGGAGUCCAGAGCUCACCUGGAACACAUUUGUGCUGAUUUACUCAAUGGAGUGAAGGAGGAUUCUUCUUCAGUGGUGUCAUCUCCAGAUGUGUUUGCUGUGUAUCUGCACCUUCCUUACACAGGCCACAACUGCUUCCUGUUCCAAGAGGAAGCGGAACGAGAUCAAUUCUUGUCUGCCCUCACAACCUGCAUUAGACACCGCAGCCUUGACCCCUGGUGUGAGUCAUCCUAUGAGAACCUGGCGUACAUCCGAGCCCUCCGACUCUACCGACAGGACAAAGGAUGCUAUGAAUCGUGGGAAAUGCUGCUGGGCACCGAGGAGCAAGUGCUGGCCUCCCAGGUGAUGGCGGAAGUGUUGCCAUGGUUACAGAGUCAGCUUCAGUCCAGAGUGAAGGGAAAGAAGGCUGAAAGGAUACGACAGUGGCUGGCAACUGUGCAGGCAACCUACGGGUUGGUGCUGGAGCUGAUAGUGGCAAGUUUGGAGGCUCUAAGGGAGGAGUGUCGUCAGACGGCAUUAGCCAAUCAGGCUCUCAUCAGAUCCAACCUGGACCAGAUAAUGUCCUCUCAUUGCUUCCUGGAGCAGAAAGUCAGAGCGUGUAUAUGUGAAGAAGCAGAGAAAGUGUACAGCGAGUCUGUAGCACCCUACAUGUCCUCCAUCCUUGAAGUGCUUACAGAAAAUUUAAGUGCAGGGAUUCAGGGGAUGCAACAAACGCUGCGUACACAGAUGGACUCAGUCUUCACACACACAAAUGGAGGGACAGAGGAGACAGAGAAGGCCUUGUUCACUCUUCGCUCCAUCAGUCUGGAUCAGUGCUACGGGCAGGUGAAGAACCUGACGGAGAUUCUUGAGGACUUGAAACUUCGGUUUGGAUUGAGCAGCGCUCAGAGACUGGUUCACUCUGCACAUCUGGAGAUGGAGCAGCUGUUUGACAGCGCUGUGUACACCUUAGAGCUGUUCCUCCAAUCAUCGGCCAGACUGCAGCCUUCUCAAAUUCCAGUCAAGAUGGAGAGAGCUAAAGAAAGAGUAAUGAAGCAGCUGGACUACGACAGCAGAGUUGUCCAGAGGAGGCUCUAUCAGGAAGCUCUACUGGAGAUCACUCUGCCUGCUCUCACCAGGAGGAUGGACAGCAAGUGGAAAACUGAGCUGCAGCAGUUUGAGGAGUACAUUUUCUCUGACUACAGCAGUUUUAUCCUGGUUCAUAAUGUCUAUGAUGAUGUACUGAGAAAUAUCCUCAGUAAGGAGAUAGAAACAGUGGUCCAGGAUGCUGCCAGUAAGAAGAGCAACAAUGUCUUACUGGACAUUUCAGAUCUGGCCAUUAGUCAGUACAGUCUGCUGGGACAGACGCCUCCUCACUCUGCACCGGGCAGCCCAGCCAUUCACACUCAAGAUUCUUCCUCAGCUGUGCCCAGUGAAGAAUCUGCUCCUGUGGUGGAGGAAGAAGGUCAGGUAGUCAUAGCCCACCCUCAGAGUGACCCAGUACUUAAUGCUGAAGCCAAAUCUGAUACCGGUACCACUCAAAGUCCUGACCACAGAACAGUGCUUCUAUCUCCUGCGAUUGUAGUGACACAACAAUUUGAUCAAUCUGCAACCGAGGAGGCUUCUUGCCUCGAGGAAAUCCGUGCAGACGUUCAACUUGGAACUGACACACCAUCGACGACGGUCUCAACUACGGCUGAUUCUUCCAACUCAGCCACACCUGAUUCUGAUGCAGCUGUUACACAUGACGUUGGAGCACCUGACCAACCUACUGUCCCAGAGCCCACAAAUCCCAUCCUAGACUCUCCUGAGCCUUCAAUGUCCACUCUGUCCUCGCCGCAGUCCACAGAUGUCCCAGCUGAAUGUGCUCAAAGCGAUCAAUCUGCAACACCUGAAAAUUCUGCGACCUCAGAUCAAAUAUCAGAGGAUGCUUGUGCUGUCCAGCCCCCCUGCCCUUCACCGCCACACCCAUCUUGUACAGAUAGUCCGAUGACAAUCAGUCUUGGGUCACUAAACGAGGUGAUUGUUUGCAACUCCACAGUAAUGCAGACGAUGGCACAGCGGACUACUGACAGAGCUGUCUACUUGACGGGAGAAAUUAAGGACAGCUGGGAGGUGGAGAGGGUCAAAGAGGAGAAACAGAAAGAGGCAGAAGCAGAAGAGAAGACUGAAGGAAGGGUAGAUGAUGAAGAGAAAGGUAGUAAGCAGGAGAAAAGAAAAGAAGAUGUGGAGGAAGCUGAGAAUGCAGAUCAUGCUGAAAAAGAAGAAAAGGAAGAACAAGUGGAAGAGGAAGAGGAGAUUCUUCAAAGCCCUCGGCCAGAAGAAUCGCAACCAGAAGGUUCUGCUGAGCUGCCAAUUGACAGCGUGGCUAUCAUCAGAGAACUUGUGACUGAGAUCACUGAAGUGGAGACAGUAGUCAGCCCGUCUACCAACAGCAGCAAUACAGCCUGACAGACUCGUACUAAUACUAUCAGUCACGGUCUUUUUAAAUGGAACAAAGAAGAGAAAGGCAAAGAAGGAAAGUUACACCCAUUCCAUUAUUACUGCAUCACAUUUUUAUACUAGUACAUUAUGAAAAAGAGAAAAAUCUGUAGUAAACAUUUUUUUCUUGACAAAGGCUUUUUUACUUCUGCUGUUUACAUUUGCUACUUUCUUUCCUGCUAACACUGAAAUUGAUUAAAUGGCCCAAUAAAGGUGUUAAAACUUGUCAACGA